AGUCAGGCCCCACUUGGCGGAAGUGACGUCAGAGCGCGCCGCUAAGCCAGCCCCCUACUCCUGUAGGAGGAAAAGAAAGAUGUCGGUAACAGGAGAGGAUCGGGGGGAUGAAGGCGGCUCUGGAUUCCCGGGGUCAUGCUGCGCUCAGAGGCCGAGAUCCGUCUCUCCUUCCUCGGAUCAACUGCACCAGAGCGACACGCUGCUCGGUCUCCCGAUCGUGGCCAUCGAGAACAUCUUCAACUUCAUGAACUACGAUGAGAUCAGUCAGCUCCGCCUGGUGUGCAAGCGCAUGGAUGCUGUGUGCCAGCGGAUGCUCAAUCAGGGAUUCCUGCGGGUGGAGAGGUACCAUAACCUGUGUCAGAAGCAGGUGAAGGCCCAGUUGCCAAGGAGAGAAUCAGAAAGGAGGAACCACUCGUUGGCGCGCCAUGCCGAUAUCCUCGCAGCGGUGGAGACGCGGCUCUCGUUGCUUAACAUGACAUUUAUGAAAUACGUUGAUUCCAACCUCUGCUGUUUCAUCCCUGGAAAGGUUAUCGAUGAAAUCUACAGAGUGUUGAGAUACGUUAACUCCACACGGGCGCCACAGAGAGCACAUGAAGUACUACAGGAGCUACGGGACAUCUCCUCUAUGGCCAUGGAGUACUUUGAUGAAAAGAUUGUUCCAAUCCUCAAGAAGAAACUUCCUGGCUCUGAGGUCUCUGGUCGUCUUAUUGGAUCCCCCCCAGUUCCAGGUCCAUCGACCGCCUUGAGUACAAUGCAGCUGUUCUCCAAGCAGAGCCCGUCGAGGCAGGAGGUGACAAAGCUACAACAACAGAUGAAAGCCAGCGGUGCCGGGAUGACCGUCCUGAGGCGAGAAUUGUCAGAGAUGCGCACUAAGGUACAAGAGCAGCAGAAACAGCUCCAGGACCAGGAUCAGAAACUUCUAGAACAAACCCAAAUCAUUGGAGAGCAGAACGUGCGACUGACUGAGAUAGAGCACAAACUGCGGGACGUCGUGGAGCGUGCUGUGGGCGGCUCCUCUGGGCCAAGCCAACGAGAAGACUCUCCACGCAAGAGAAAGAAGGUGGUUGAGGUGGUGGACUGUCCUAGGAAAUCAAAACGACUUCGAAGCCGGAAGUAAAAUGUUUAAAACAUUUUUAAAAAACUGUUAGCAUCUGGGAUGGUUUGGGGCAGAACAUGGGCUGUAAUCCAAGGUGCAACCCCCCGAGGAACUGGCACAGUCCACAUCAACCUACUACACAUUGAUGAUGCUCUAUAUAAGGGUACAAUAAUCUUUGGUUUCUCUGCAGACGUCAUUAUAGGGAGGUCCCUAAAGCAACUGCUAGACCCUAUAUCUUUAAAGGAGAACUAAACCCUAAAGUUAAAAAAAUCGUACCCUACAUAGACCCCCUCUCCCUCCUCCCCCCCAGCCUGUGUUACUCUGUGCAAAUGCCCCUAAUGUUUUACUUACCCCUCUGUGCAGAUUCAAUUCAUGGGGGCCAUCUUCAUUUCUUCGGAAUGAGACCGCUGCUUCGGCAAUUUUCGGAGUUUCAGCACGUGUAUUGAACAUUGCUCCUACUGUGCUUGAGCCGACAUGCCGGUCUCACUCCGAAGAUUUCCGAAGAGAAGAAGACGGCACCCGUCAACUCGGAUGCCUGAAUUUGCACCGAGGGGUAAGUAAAAUGUAAGGGGCAUUUGCCCGGGGUAACAAUUAGGUUGGGGAGAGGAGGGUCUAUGUAGGGUCGGAGUUUUUUAAUUUUAGGGUUGAAUUCUCCUUUAAGCUAUACUUACUAGCAACCCAUCAGUAUCUGUUUAUAAGGUCAGCUCAAUAACUGGCCAAUUACAAUGUUCUCUCAAAGGUAACAGAUGCUUCUAUCCAAGGACCAACCUCUGUCCUAAACACCCAAAUGUGUUUCGCCUUUAGAUGUUGAGCUGUGUCUCUUUAAGUCCCAUCAGCCUUUGAGAACCAACCACCCAUGAACAGUGCAGGUCGGUAAUAGCCGGACAUGAGAUUAAGAUCUGGUUCUGUUCAGAACCUUGUGCAUCAGAAUAUUCUUGCUUGAACCAUGGAGAUAUUUUAUGGGUAAUGACUCUCCAUAGGGUCUAGCUCCUCCCUAACCCCCCGGUGGUGCCAAUAUAUUUAAGCACUCAUUGGUUAUUUAAUCCUGGCGCUUUUUAUGUCCAGUGUGGUAAAGUUAAUUUAAUUCCUCAGUGCCUGUUUCCCUGUUUGUAUCAUUGGACUGUUUGGUGAGGACUGUACCCUCCUGUUUUGCCCCCUCCUCCAGUUUUUGCACCGGGACAAUGAAGGACUAACCAUAUGUCCCACAAUUUUCACUAAGAAGCCAGAAUACGUUUUUAAAUUCAGCUGGUGGCACGGGAGGCAGAUUUGCUGAAGCACCACUUUGACUUGAAUUGUGUAUACACACUGCAUAUAUAUCCGUAUAAAUAUAUAUAUAACCCUUUUCUGUCAUUUUAUUUGCAGUUAUGUGUCCGACAUCCAUGCCCUCAUUUAAAAAGGACCUGUAGAAAACAUCCAUUUGGAAAGUUGCUAGGGGUGGGCAGUUGUUGCAUAACUACAACCCUCAGCUGGGAGAGGUGGUUCUGGGAGUUGCAAGUCUGUAGCAGCGGUAGAGGGAUAGGUCUCCACUCCCCGCACAGUCUUCUGACCAUUGAACAAGUUACAAGUGGCCUUGUUAUUCUAUGAACAGAGAAGGUGAAUCCCACUGUGUUUGUGUCCCUCCAUUAGCGCAAGGGCCCCGGUGACACUGUAUCUCCUGCCUCUGCCAAUAAAAACACUCCAUUUGAUUUUCUUGGA